AUGAGCAAUAACAAUUAAGGAGAUUUCUUCGUUGAUAAAUACAAUUUUUCAAGAAGAGUUGUUGACCAUAGACAACCCUAUGAUUUAAAUUUCUCUAUUAACAAUCCAGUAGGUUCUAGAGUUUGGUUCAAGGCUUGGAAAUAAAAAGCUAUUGGUAACUUCUUGAAUCUUGUUGGUGUUCACUAUGCUUUUUAUGGUGCUGGAUUCUGCUUACUUUUUGUUUUAGCUGACGCUUGGGGUAGAGAAAAGUACGCUUAACCCUAUAAAUCCUAAAUUUUACAUGGUCGUUAACCUUUUGGUCACACUUUUGUCUAGAAUUAUAGAAAUUAAGCUACAGAUUUAGGAAGAUGGAACCACAACUUUGCUUGCUAUGAAAAGCAACCUGGCUGUGGAAGAGAUUUCGAUUGA